GGCGCCCCUCCGAGUCGGUCCAAAGCAAAACAAUACGCGGAAAAACACAAAAACCGUCAGUUAUCGCCUGUUUUCGUCUUUUAUUUUCGUAAAUUUUACAUCUGAGCGAAUUGUUCGUGUCUUUUUUUAAAAUGCUCUUUUGGAUAUAGCCCAGCUACGGAGUUGUUUAUCUGUAGUAAGGGGAACUUGAAACCGUUCUUGCCCCAUGUCCUCGGUUGUUUUUCUUCUUUCGCCUGGAUUCUCCAUGUUGUUGGAGAAAAAGUGAGGGCUUUACCUAGACUAGAGGGGGCUAUGGAUAAAUAUACAAGCGAUAAAGUAAACCGAGACGCGAAGCCUAGAAAAUAGCAGAUAAGACAAAACAAAACAAAGUGUCAUGCCCCUCCCAUGUGGAAGAGAAUAGAAGGCGGGAAUAAAUAAAUAUCACAAUAUUUUGUCGCCGUAGGUUCGAGAAAUUUUUGCGCGAACGAACGGAAAUUAUUCAUUUCAAGCUUCGCUUGCUUUUAAUGCCACUAAAUGCGGACCGACUGUUUGUCGCUGGAAAAGGUUGGUCGGACGUUGAGGGCUGUGCGUUUGUUAGAUGGAAAGUUCUAUCAUCACUCAAGUGCAGAGAGAGGAUUCUCGGUUGUCUUCGAAAACAGAUCAGGUGAACAAAAGCUCGCCUCACAAACCUGGGAGUAGGAAUAUCUUCAAAAAGCUCAUCUGUUGCCUUCGAGCUCAAGAUGCCCAACUGCCAACAUCACCUACCCAUGAUGCCUUGCUAGCGCCGGAGGACAAUGGGACCAUUGCCAAAAUACCAGGAGAGUGUUUGCUCCCAGCAGUGACCUCUCAGGACCAGGGGAAGAUCUGUGUGGUCAUAGAUCUGGAUGAAACACUGGUGCAUAGCUCCUUUAAGCCAAUAAGCAAUGCAGAUUUCAUUGUGCCUGUGGAGAUUGAGGGGACCACACACCAGGUGUAUGUGUUGAAGAGGCCAUACGUGGAUGAGUUUCUCCAGAGGAUGGGAGAACUCUUUGAAUGUGUUCUGUUCACUGCCAGCCUUGCUAAGUAUGCAGACCCCGUGACUGACCUGCUGGAUCAGUGUGGUGUGUUCCGUGCGCGCCUCUUCCGUGAAUCUUGCGUCUUCUAUCAAGGCUGCUAUGUUAAAGACCUGAGUCGCCUCGGCCGUGAGCUCCACAAAACCCUGAUCCUGGACAACUCCCCUGCCUCCUACAUCUUCCACCCCGAGAAUGCUGUUCCUGUACUCUCCUGGUUUGAUGAUUCAGAGGACACUGAGCUGCUUCACCUCAUUCCAGUAUUUGAAGAGUUAAGUCAGGCUGAUGAUGUCUACAGCAGACUCGAACAACUCAGGGGUCCGUAAUCCCUACAACCACCAGACCAGGGCAAACCUCCAUGUUGUGUAGCACUGAAUGCCAAUCACACGCGAAGCAGCUCAUAUGACAGGAGACUCCGCCUUCUGACCUGAAAACAAACACGAAAGCUUUCUGCUCAGCAUAUGCGAUUCUGCCACAAUGUUGAGGACCUUAAACAGUUAGCGAUGAUAGAUAUUCUGGUCAGAAGCAAGCUUCGUCUCAGUCAUCGAGCUUGCAUUUUGCAAUAACGAUUUACAGUUUUUAUAUUCCUUUUUUACUUUUCUAUUUUUUGUUAUUACCGUUUUUUUUUUUUUUUUUUUACAUUUAUAAUGACAUCUUUUGGGAGAUUAAAACAGUGGGCAGGUCUGUAAUCCGCAAUUAUGUUAUACAGCUCAGCAAAUAACAUAAAGCACAAUAUACUUUCAGGCCAGUCUUGCUAUGCAAAAUUCUACCUGAAAUCAACCUCACACUUUUUUAAUCUUCAGCAUUCAUAAGCAUACUUUAAAGAAAAACUAGUGUUUGUAAUGUAUUCCAGUUUCAAGCAAAAAAUGCUACGGGAAUACACAUCGUCUUUUCCAACAUGCUAUGCAUACUUUUUCCAUAAAUGCAAAUGUGACACCAAGCACCCUUUCAUCCUUGUUUCUGACAAGUCUAAUUACUUUAAACAAGGCCUUGUUCUGUUUUUAACACUGUUUUAUGUGUGUUACAACUACAUGCUUAUCUUGACACUUCCUGUAUUCAUCUUAAAGUGGCCUUAUGUCUGCUUCAAGUGUAUCAAGGGAUACGUGAGGAGCAGAAUUAACACCACAGAAUGAACCAAAGAGAUUUAUCUUGUUCAGUUAUUGUCUUUCUGCUGUAUUUAUGCAGACGAUUACUUGUGCUGUCAUCUAUGUGUAUAUUUGGUUGAACUUGAAUUGAACUUGAAUUGUCCAUCUUUGUAUGAAACCGUCUGUCGACGCAGACCACACGGUCCACCUCUGUAUUUCAUCUUAUAUUAUUUAAACAUGAUCAUGUUUUUAUAUUAUAAGUUGUUUUUUUACUGUAGCACAAAUAUUCAAAAUGGCCAUGAUUUUUAUAAACACAGCAAAAUGCUGGAAAGGGCAGAUUAUUGUCUUUUGGUUCAAAAAAAAAAAAAAGCCCAGAUCUGUGUUGACUUUUGUAUUUGCGACAAUAAAUUUUUUCUGUGGAACAUCA